GUAAAGGUCGGCCCCCGCAAGAUGGCGGCCCCCUUGGAACUCAGUUGCUGGGGAGGUGGCUGGGGGCUCCCAUCGGUUCACAGCGAGUCCCUGGUGGUGAUGGCUUAUGCCAAAUUUUGUGGUGCACCCUUGAAAGUCAAUGUGAUAGAUAACACCUGGAGAGGUUCAAGAGGCGAUGUACCAAUUUUGACAACUGAAGACAACAUGGUUUCUCAGCCAGCAAAAAUACUAAACUUUUUAAGAAAACAGAAAUAUAAUGCUGAUUAUGAACUCUCAGCAAAACAAGGAGCAGAUACAUUGGCUUACAUUGCUCUCCUUGAAGAGAAGCUUCUCCCUGCAGUGCUUCACACAUUCUGGGUUGAGAGUGACAAUUACUUUACUGUGACAAAGCCAUGGUUUGCUUCACAAAUUCCUUUUCCUUUGAGUUUGAUCCUGCCUGGAAGAAUGUCUAAGGGAGCACUGAACAGGAUUCUCCUGACCAGAGGACAGCCUCCACUCUACCACCUCCGAGAAGUGGAAGCACAGAUAUACAGAGAUGCCAAGGAGUGCCUAAAUCUUCUAUCAAACAGAUUGGGAACAUCUCAGUUUUUCUUCGGAGAUACGCCUUCUACCUUGGAUGCCUAUGUUUUUGGUUUUCUUGCACCUCUUUACAAAGUACGGUUUCCUAAAGUUCAGCUACAAGAACAUCUGAAACAGCUCUCCAACCUCUGUCGCUUUUGUGAUGACAUCCUGAGCAGUUAUUUUAGGCUUAGUCUUGGAGGCAUCUCUCCAGCUGGACAAGAAACGGUAGAUGCAAAUCUUCAGAAACUCACACAACUUGUAAAUAAGGAAUCCAACUUGAUUGAAAAGAUGGAUGACAAUCUUCGCCAAAGCCCUCAGCUUCCUCCUCGGAAACUGCCAACACUUAAACUGACUCCAGCAGAAGAAGAAAAUAAUUCCUUCCAACGGCUUUCACCCUGACAGUAGUCAUGGUUUGUGGCCAAAGUCAAAUGAUUGUUGCAGUAAUCUCUUACACCAAGUGUGUGAAGGCAAAAAGAAGAUACCAUAAUAGGUAUUAAGGAAGACUCUAAACCAAAAGGAACUUUCUAUGACAUCUAUUUUUAUUACUAUUAUUAUUAUUAGGAAGCUUGUAUUCUAGCUUGGCACUGCAUUUUUAAUAACAUCAAAGAGAAUGCUAAUUGAACUUGGUGGGUGGGGGGAAGAAAAACACAUCGUACUGUAUACAAAAAACUGCCUUAAUCAUGGCAGAUUUUUGCCUUUGGUUCAUAGGUUGCUGACCAAAAGCUACAAUUCUGUUCUGAAUGUGCACUCCUAAUUUAUUUGAGUUAAUUUAUUCAAUUUAUUAACUUAGUUUUCUUAGACCAGGCUGAAUACCUAAUGUGUGGCUCUUUGGCUGAGGCUUUUUACUUCUGUUUAGAAAUUUGAUGCCUAUUUUAGGAACCAGAAAAAGAUAAAUUGCUUCAGUAGAAAAGACCAUAUUUAGCUUUAAAAAGUGAUGAGGAACGUGCUUUUUAAUUAUGCUCUCAUAAGUCUAAUCUUUUGGGGGUUUAGUAGCACAUAGAUAAAUAUUAAAGGUGGUUACAUAUAAUAACAUCUGAUAAUACUCAUUUCAGUAUAACAUUGGUCUUUGCUGAUGUGUUCGAUACACGUUAGGAAGGGUUCUUUUAGUUUAGUUGGGCGAAUGUGGCAGUUUUAGACCUAUGUCUUUGUAGUACAUCUUUAGUUGUAUUUCUUGUAUUAAUUCCAGAAGAAGUGAAUGUACUGGUCAUCGUUACUAUGCUAGGCUGUAAAGUCUUACUGAAAUUGCCGUCUUGUUAGAUACUCCUCAGGAGGAGCCCAUGGCCAGGGUAGUAGAAAUACUUACUGUGCAUCUGGUCCAAGUUUUUUAUGCUUGGCUCAGGCUAAUAUUCUUUCAUAAGAUGCAUAUCAUGUAGUCAGAAGCUUUCUGACAACCAAUUAUUUUCCAUAUGUUUCACCUACAGUCAAAGAAUACAAAGGAACAAUCAGAAAUAGCAGCUUUUAACAAAUAUUUUCUAUUUAUUGGUUGCUGAACUGUUAAGGGAUUUGCUGUGUGGUAAUUUUACUUAUAAUAGAAACUUGUUUAUUUUAGUGGUUGAGGUGCUUCUGUUGUCCUAAAACCACUUCUGAGGUUUUCAAAAUGUAGAACCAUGUUUUUGAUUAGUGUCUUAAAAGAUUAUUGUGGUGCUCAUGAAAUCUUAUCAAGUCCUGUAGGAACCCAUAUGUUAAGAAAACAAGCUUUGUAGUCAAAAGACUCAUCUAAUUUGAGCUGAGUGGAGCUCAGCUGUGUUUGACCCACAUCCUCCCAAUUUGUUCUGUAUUUAGGUAGUUAUUUAUACAGGAGUCUUUAAGUCAUUGUAAAUAUUUUUUCUUGAAAGUUUUAACUAAAUGAGAAAUAAGGUAGUCUUCAAAAUCUUGGUCAUCUGUUUGGAUGUAUUUAGGGAAAGUACCUCAUGAGUUGCACAUUACUUCUACAACAGGGUGUGUGUGUGUGUGUGUGUGUGUGUGUGUGUGUGUGUGUGUGUGUAUUAGGCAUCUUCAAAGGCAGGUUAUUAGAGUGUGUGUGUGUGUGUGUGUGUGUAUUAGGCAUCUUCAAAGGCAGGUUAUUAGAUUCCAGCAGUCUAAAAUCUGAUUCCAGCAGUCUGAAAUCUAAAUAUUUUAUAUUGGAAAUCAUGACUGUGAGACUUUAUUGUCCUCUGGGAUGGAUGUGUAUUGGAGAAGGGUGAUUAGCACAUUCAUCAGACAUGUGUUUAUGCUUUGGUCAAGGCCAGUCAUUUUUAAUUAUGAUUUAUAUCAGACCCUUCAAAAAGUAUUUGAAAUACAUUACAGUUAUAACAUACAUAACAUAUAUAUUACAAGCAUAUUACAUGUAAAACAGGACAAUUUAAAAAUUUUUAAUUUUAAAGAAUUAAAAACAUUAAAAAAUUUAAAUUAAAAAAAUUAAAAAUUUGCAGAACAAUAUCAACACUGACAGAUUCUAAAAUUAAGUGGUAAAUUUAACUCCAAGUUUCUCUAUGGGCAAAGUCAAAAGAUAAUGCUAGGUUAUGUCAAUUUUUCUUUCAAUAAAACUGCUGAUGUCCAUUAGGAAGAAAAAUGUGUUUAAAGUUUUACAGGAACGUGGAGCUCAUGUUCUUCUGAUAUGUAGACUUUGAUAAAGAAGCAUACUGUAAUAUUUCAUAACCCGAAAUUUUAAUCAAAAGAGGUCAUUUUAGAAUAACAAGUAUUUGUCUUUUUUAGUAGAGGGAA